CCCCGACCCCGUGACUUCACCUCGGCGUGUCCUCCCCGACCCCGUGACUUCACCUCCGCGUGUCCUCCCCGACCCCGGGACUUCACCCCGGCGUGUCCUCCCCGACCCCGUGACUUUAUCUCAGUAUGCUCUCCCUCCUGACUUUGCUUCAGUGUGCCCUCCCGACCCCGUGACCUCAUGUGCUCUCUGAUCUUGUGACUUCUCAGUGUGGCCCCACCUCGUGGUUUGCAGUCUCUGACCACCGAAGGCCUCCGUGCUCAGUGCCCAUGGCUGGGCAGGCCCGGUGGCAGCAUAUUCAUUAGAUGAGGACUGGGGGGCCUGCGUGUUGACCGGCGUGCCCCAGGCACCUGGCAGGAACGACGGGCUCUCCCUGCUCUGAGAUCGUCCGGGCCCUUCUCACCAGCACCUGUGGAUUUGCUGUGCCUGUGUUGGCCCUCUGGGCCCCUGGGUGCCGCUCCCCGCCCUGGGCCCCCGAUGCUGCUUUCUCCUUCCAGACUGCCCCCUGUCUGUGGUGGUCCCCACUGACUCUGGCUUUCUCCACUCGAAGGAAGCUUGUUUCUGAUGAACCUGCUGACGGCUAUCAUCUACAAUCAGUUCCGGGGCUACCUGAUGAAGUCUUUCCAGACCUUCCUGUUCCGGAGGCGGCUGGGAGCCCGGGCCGCCUAUGAGGUCCUCUCCUCCAUGAUAGCAGAGGGAGAAGCCCACCCUCAAGAAGUCGGGGUGAAGCCCCAGGACUUCCUGCAGGUGCUUCAGAAAGUCCAGCUGGACAGCUCCCACAAACAGGCCAUCAUGGAGAAGGUGCAUUCCUACAGUGGUGACCUGUUAUCAGCUGAUGAGUUUCAGAAACUCUUCAAUGAGUUUGACAAAAGGGUGAUUAAAGAGCCCCCACCGCGGCCCGAGUACCUGUCUCCCUUCCUGCAGCGUGCCCAGUUCUUUUUCAGCCACCGCUACUUUGACUACCUGGGGAACCUCAUCGCCCUUGGGAACCUCCUGUCCAUUUCUGUGUUCCUGGUGGUAGACGCAGACGUGCUGCCCGAGGACCGUGAUGACUUCGUCCUAGGGAUUCUCAACUGUGUCUUCAUCCUGUACUACCUGCUGGAGCUGCUGCUGAAGGUGUUCGCCCUGGGCCUGCCGGGGUACCUGGCCUACUCCAGCAACGUGUUUGAUGCGCUCCUCACCAUCGUCCUGCUGGUUUUGGAGAUCUCAACUCUGGCUGUGUACCGAUUCCCACACCCAGGCUGGAAGCCAGAGAUGCUGGGCCUGCUGUCGCUGUGGGACAUGGCCCGACUGGUGAACAUGCUCAUCGUGUUCCGGUUCCUGCGCAUCAUCCCCAGCAUGAAGCUAAUGGCCAUGGUGGCCAGUACCAUCCUGGACCUGAUCAGAAACAUGCGGGCUUUCGGCGGGAUCCUGGUGGUGGUCUACUAUAUCUUCGCCAUCGUGGGCAUCAACCUGUUCCGCGGUGUCAUCGUGGCUCCUGGAAACGGCAGCCUGGCCCCUGACAACAGCUCGGCAACCUGCGGAAGCUUCGAGCAGCUGGAAUACUGGGCCAACAACUUCGAUGACUUUGCGGCCGCCCUCAUCACUCUGUGGAACGUGAUGGUGGUGAACAACUGGCAGGUGCUCCUGGAUGCCUAUCGGCGCUACUCGGGCCCGUGGUCGAAGAUCUACUUCGUGUCGUGGUGGCUGGUGUCGUCUGUCAUCUGGGUCAACCUGUUUCUGGCUCUGAUUCUGGAGAAUUUUCUUCAUAAGUGGGACCGCUGCAGUCACCUGCAGUCCCUUGCUGGGGACUCGGACACCACCUAUCAGGGGAGGGUAGAGCUCUUGUUUAGGUAUGUGGACGAGGAAGGGGCUUCUGCUCUGGGGGGAGGAGGAAGGGUGGGGCUGGCGCCGCGCGGCGCCGUGCAGGCUGUGCUUUCGCGCUCGGGGCGGCAUGGAAGCCCGGACGCCCGCAGAAGGGACGAGGGCGCUGCUGCCAGCGACUCCGCCGGACUUCUGCUGGGAGGUAUGGUUCUCUUCGAUGGAUACUUAACUCGAACGUGCUCCUCCUUCUAA